AAGCCAGUAGCCACUUAUCUUCUCCCGUCUCCCUCUUUCUUUCCAUGUCUCAUCCGAGCUGGCGCUGUAUCUUCUCAUAAAUAUAAAUUUUAAUUUUUUUUUAUAAAAAGACAAAUUGAUAAACUAAUUAAAUUAAAACCCAAAUAACAUCAAAAAUACAAUUUUUUUUGGGCUCGUCCUUCGGUCUCUUCUUCCUUUCUUUCUUUUGCUGCUCCUUGGACACCUCUCUGUAUAUCGUCUCUUUCUCUCUCUAGAAUCUCAGAGCUUGCACAUAACCCAUUUUUCAAAGCUCAGUGAGUGGAGUUGAAGGAUUGUGGGGAAAGGAAGGAGCUUUGGAGUGGGAAAUGGCUAGGAUUGUGGGCGAGGAAGCUGGAGUUGUAAGAUCUAUAGAGAGGAUUUCGAGUGGGCAGCGCUGCCAAUCAGGUGAAGCAUUGGCGGAAUGGCGGUCGUCUGAGCAGGUCGAAAAUGGAACACCAUCAACUUCGCCUCCAUACUGGGACACUGACGAUGAUGAUGAUGAUGAUGAAGGAGGGCCAAAACCUUCUGAGUUGUAUGGAAAACACACAUGGAAGAUAGAGAAAUUUUCACAGAUUAACAAAAGAGAACUUCGUAGUGAUGCAUUUGUGGUUGGCGGCUACGAAUGGUACAUAUUAAUAUAUCCCCAAGGUUGUGAUGUUUGCAAUCAUCUCUCUUUGUUUCUUUGUGUUGCCAACCAUGACAAACUUCUUCCAGGUUGGAGUCAUUUUGCACAGUUUACAAUUGCUGUGGUGAAUAAGGAUCAAAAAAAAUCAAAAUAUUCAGACACGUUACACCGGUUCUGGAAGAAAGAGCAUGAUUGGGGAUGGAAAAAAUUCAUGGAACUAUCUAAAGUGUCAGAUGGGUUUUUAGAUGCUACUGACACUCUAAUUAUAAAGGCUCAAGUGCAAGUCAUCAGGGAGAAAUCAGAUCGGCCUUUUCGUUGCCUUGAUUGUGAGUAUAGAAGAGAACUUGUUAGGGUGUAUUUGACAAAUGUAGAGCAGAUUUGUCGACGUUUUGUGGAAGAGAGACGAGGCAAGCUUGGGAGGUUAAUAGAAGACAAAAACAGAUGGUCAAGCUUUUGUGCUUUCUGGUUGGGAAUGGAUCAAAAUGCUCGGCGACGGAUGUCUAGGGAGAGAACUGAUGUGAUUCUGAAAGUAGUUGUGAAGCAUUUCUUUAUAGAGAAGGAAGUCACAUCUACUUUGGUAAUGGAUUCCUUGUAUAGUGGAUUGAAGGCUCUUGAAGGCCAAACUAAGAACAAGAAAGGGAGGGCGAAAUUGAUGGACACUGAAGAAAUGCUAGCUCCAAUUGUUCGUGUGGAGAAAGAAAUGUUCGUAUUGGUGGAUGAUGUCCUGCUACUACUUGAGAGAGCUGCCAUGGAACCACUGCCUCCAAAAGAUGAAAAGGGCCCACAGAAUCGUACAAAGGAUGGAAAUUCUGGUGAGGACUUCAACAAGGAUUCCAUUGAGCGUGAUGAAAGACGGCUUACAGAAUUGGGUCGCAGGACAGUGGAAACAUUUGUCCUUGCUCAUAUUUUCAACCACAAAGUUGAAGUUGCUUACCAGGAAGCUGUUGCUUUGAAGAGGCAGGAAGAGCUAAUCCGUGAAGAAGAGGCAGCAUGGCUAGCUGAAAGUGAGCAGAAAUCUAAACGUGGAGGAACUGAGAAGGAAAAGAAAUCAAAGAAAAAACAGGCAAAACAAAAACGGAAUAAUCGUAAAGGGAAGGACAAAGGGAGGGAUGAAAAAUCCAGUGCAGCAGUAUUAGACAAGCAUCAAGAGGAAAAUCUAAGUAGUGAGAAAAAGGAUUCAAUUAUCGUAGUAGAGGUGCAGCCUGUGGUGGAAAAGCCUGAUAUUCUGGAAGAUGUGUCUGAUGUGUCUGACUCAGUGGAUGGUGUUGCUGAAGUGCUCCAGCCCGAUUCAGAAGACAGAGAUGCAAGUCCUGUUAAUUGGGAUACUGAUACUUCAGAAGUUCAUCCUUCUACAGAAGCCUGCAGCAGUGGAGUUAGUGGAUUAUCAUCUAUACCAAAUGGAACAGCUGAGAAAAGGAGCACAAAUGCAAUGGAUGACAGUUCAUCAACUUGCUCUACAGAUUCAGUCCCAUCAGUUGUUAAUAAUGGCUCUUAUAAGGGGAGCUCUUAUUCAAGCUACCAAUUUGUAAAAUCACCUAGCAGAGAGAAGCACCCUCGAGGUAAGGGGACAAGCGAUUUGAGUUGGACAACUGAGAUGGAUAAUCAGCUUUCUGUGCCUCCAGUAGAUGUUGGGGAUCUCAAUGAGGUUACUGGAAUUAGCAAAUCUGUUGAAUGCGAGCCCGAAGCUAUUGUUCAUGUCUCACAAGAUAGAAUAACAUGGACCGAGCAGCCUGUAGUUAAGAAGGUUGUGGAAGAAGUUUUACCGCAAAAGAAACUCGGCACUAAAGACUUGGUUGAUGUGGAAAGGUCCUCCAAAGAAACAGCAAUGACUAUCCCAUCCUCUUGUAGAAGCCCUCCAAGAAGUCCUCCCAAAAAUCUCCAAUCCACCGUUCUAUUGAAGUCGGGAAACAAGAGUUCAGCUGCCAUAGAUCCUUCUGUUCAGAGUAAGAAAGCAUCUUCAAAUUGUGCUCAGCACGCUGAUAAAGCAUCCCCUUCAAUUAUAUGCCCGCAAAGUAUAUGCAUGUCCAAACCUGAGACCCAGAAGGCCUCAACUUCAAAACUAUCUGAGAAGCCAAUGCUACAGCAUGUGCCUGUGAUGUCAAGGCCCUCUAGUGCUCCUCUAAUUCCUGGUCCUCGGCCAGCUGCUCCUGUGGUUUCCAUGGUUCAAAAACCCCCAUUACUUGCACGUUCUGUUAGUGCAACUGGUCGGCUUGGUCCUGAUGCUUCACCUGCAAGUCCUAGUUAUGCUCCUUUGUCCUAUCGAAAUGCCAUUGUAGGCAAUCCUGUUGGCUCAAGUUCAGGUGGCUUCACUCAUGCCAACUCUCCCAGUUUGGGAGUUAACCUGCCUUCAGCACACACACAACAGCCUGCUUUGGUAUCUACAUCGAUGUUUUUGCACCCGAGCUCUGAUAGGGUAGAUCUGACCUCUGUUCAAUCUCAUUUUCCUUUUGGGAUGGUAACUCCGGAUGUCUUACGGAAUGGACCCCAGCAGAUGGAGAGCUCACAAGGUGUAGUAACAGAUGAGUUCCCACAUAUUGAUAUCAUCAACGAGCUGCUUGAUGAUGAACAUGGUGUUGGGAAGGCAGCUGAGGCAAGCAGCUUCUUCCAGUCUCUUAACAAUGGGCCACACUUCUUAAAUCGGCAAUGUUCUUUUCCGGGUGAUAUGGGAAUAUCAGGUGAAUCAGUUUCCCCGAGCAGCAGUUCUUGCAGAUUUGAGCGUGCUAGGAGUUAUCGUGAUAGUGGGUUUCAGCGGAGUUAUGGCUCUUUUGGCACCCAUUUUGACAUGCCGAGGGAAUUUAUUGCCCGGACAAGUCCAUUACCAUAUGCAAAUGGGCAUGUUGAUGGAUUGAUUCCAAGCCAAUGGCAGGUGGCUGGCUCUGAUCUUUCUCUAGUAGGCAUGAGGAGCGCAGAGGGUGAUGGUUCUCCAUAUUUCAGUCCAGAGUAUCCAAAUUUGGCUUGCGGUAGCAAUGGGUACACUGUAUUUAGGCCUUCAAAUGGGCAUUGAAGGAGCUUCCAGUCGAAAUUACCCUGCAAAUUUGUAGGUCAUUGUCCAUUGUAAUAAUGUAUUUGGGGAAAUUGUUGGGUCGUAGAAUUGGAGUGGGGUUGUAAUCUUUUUCAUAAGCUUAACAUUUUGUAGAGUGUUGCUGCCUUUCAUUGCCUACAGCAUUUUAGUUUGAAUUGAUGAGGCUUUCAUGUAUUUUUCUCA